AUGCCUGCGCUGCUCUUCGUGUACUCCGACCCCGGCACAGCCGUCCCCGACGCCACGUUCAACGACUGGGCCGAUAACGAGCAUGUGCCCCUCCGCGUCGCUAUCCCAGGCUUCGAGACCUGGUCGCGCUGGAUCGCUGCUGACGGAGAGAGCCCGCCCUACACGACGCUCUAUGGCAUCGCCUCCCCCGAGGUCCUGUCCUCUCCCCCUUACACCGAUCUCGCGAAGACGCGCUCGGAGCGCGAGACCGCCAUCGUGUCUAAGCUCGCCCUGCUUGACCGCCGCACGUACACGCUGCGCGAGCCCGUGUACCCGCCCAAAAAUGGGGCAGCGUACGAUCCGCUCAAACCGGGCCCGUACAUGAGCGUCGUCGAGAUCGAGGUGAAGGAGGGGGCGGAGGACGAGUUUAACAAGUGGUAUGACGAGGAACAUGUCCCUAUGCUUGCAAAGGUGCCGGGGUGGAUGCGCAGUAGGCGGUUUGUGCUGGAGGCCGCGGGCGCCACGGGAUCGGAGGCGGCGGACGUCGGGCGACCGCCGAAGUACCUGGCGAUCCACGAGUGGGAGAGCCUGGCGGCGCUUGAGACGGAUGAGCUCAAAGAAGCGGUGUCGACCUCGUGGAUGGCGAAGCUGGUGGAGACGGCGUUUGUGGAGGAGAGGAGGAGGGCGUUCAAGUUCAUGCGGAGCUGGGAUCGCGAGCAGGGCGGUACGCCGAUCGUGUAG